AUGCGGGUGCGUGAAAGGAGGCGAGCGGCGCAGGCGGGGGGCUGCUGCUUCCCUUGCUGCUUCCCCGCAGAUGUGGCCGUGGUGGAAGUGAGCAACUCCUUGUGCCAGCCCUCCCUUUUCUACCACCUGGGGGUGCGGGAGAGCUUCAGCAUGACCAACAACGUCCUCCUGUGCUGCCACACCGACCUGCCGGACCUGCAGGCCCUCAAGGAGGAGAUCUGCCAGAAGAACUCAGACCACAGCAGCAGCUACACCUUCAUCCCCUACGUGGUGACGGCCCAGAACAAAGUCCUGUGCUGCGACGCCAGCACCAUGAAGUGCCUGACCGAGCUCUUCCAGCCCAGCUUCGACGUGGAGGCCUUCUUCACCCCCCUGGCGGGGCGUCUCACCAAGCUGCUGGAGGGCACCCCCACCAGCUCCUGGUACCGCCCCGCUGGCCAGGCCUGCCGG